UCAAGCAGAAAAGAGAGGAAUAAAAUAGGAGGGGUUGGGGAAAAGCAGGGGAAAGAAGGCGAGUGGAGCAGUAGGGUAGAGGAUCUUCUAUCUGACCAAAUCUGAUAAAGAAAAUGCAUCCCAACUUUGCCGGCACCUGGAAAAUGAAGAGCAGUGAGAAUUUUGAUGAACUUCUCAAAGCCCUGGGCGUGAACGCCAUGCUGCGGAAGGUGGCUGGGGCCGCUGCUGCCAAGCCCCAUGUGGAGAUCCGCCAGGACGGGGAGCAGUUUUACAUCAAAACCUCCACCUCUGUACGCACCACAGAGAUCAACUUCCACAUUGGCCAGGAGUUCGAUGAGGAGACUGUGGACGGCAGGAAGUGUAAGAGUUUGGCCAUAUGGGAGACAGAAAAUAAGAUCCACUGUGAGCAGACGCUAUUGAACGGUGACGGCCCCAAAACAUACUGGUCGAGGGAGCUACAGGGGGAUGAACUUAUACUGAAAUUCGGAGCUGAUGAUGUGGUGUGCACACGAAUCUAUGUGCGAGAAUGACACUCAUUAAUUUGGACACGCUGACAUCAUCAUCCAGUCGUGAUGCACCAUGGCAAUCAUGAAGUCCCAAGAGCCCAAACUUACCGAAACCCCAGGGUCACUCAACAGCCAUGUAUUUCAGACAUCAACUUCAGCCUUUAUCAACUGGUCAUUUGUGCACGUCCAUUUCUGUGGCUUUGUGCUUACCAGAUAUCUAGACAUGUAUUCUUCAUUCAUUGUUCUACUUUCUACUGCACUGAAACAAUCAGGAAUAAAAAUCAAACAAAUAA